GCGCUUCCCGCCGUGAUGGGGAUUCGUUCCCCGCCUCGGUCGCAGGUUCGGUUUCGCCGGUUCUUCGCCUGCCCCGAUGCGGAGCCCGCCCGCUCCCCGCCUUGGGGGAGCCCGCCGGCUGCGGGAGCCGGUGCUUGAGGCAACGGGAUUCCUGGCUGCUUUAACUGGCACGUCAGCCUGUGGGAUGAAGCGCAGGAGCUCUGGGCACUGUCAGAAUCACAGAAUGUUCUGAGCUGGAAGGGACCCACCAGGAUCAUCAAGUCCAGCUCCUGUCCCUGCACAGGACACCCCCACAGUUCACACCGUGUGUCUGAGGACGUUGUCCAGUCUCUUCUUGAACGCUGUCAGGCUCCUCAUUGCACCCACACUCAGGAGCGAUGCUGCGGUCACCCCCCAGUGAUGGGAUUUGUGAUCAGCCGGUGGUGUCUGUCUCCCUGGUGCUGCAGUUUACUGGUGUGGAAAUCCUAAAAGAAUCCUUAACUUGCCGAAGGGGAAAUUCCUGUAAGACAGCAGAGGCCGUGAGCAACCUCGGGUGGGUCCGGAGCAGAACCACAGACCACUUGUCACCGUAACAGCACCAGAAACUGCUGCCCUGGGACUGAAGAGCAAUGAGUAUUUGUAACUCCAGUAGCAAACAGCAAAACAGCAACAGGGAGUUGUUCUGAGCAGACUGUAUCCAUCCAGCUGCUCACAAUAUCGACAGUGGGGAGGCUUUGGGAGUCAACACAGACACACUGUGCCCUGCAGUACCGGUGGAAGACAUGCGGGAUUUCUAAGGCAACGGCUGCGUCUCUUCUGUUUUGAAGUGUCGUCAGUUUUCCUCUCAAACUGGAACAACAAUGGUACAGCUGCAGAAGAAAACUCCACCCAGAAGGAUGACUUCUUGAGAGACUGCUGACUUGAUUCUAGGUCAUCAUGUGUAAGCAGAUGAGUGAGGUGCAGCCCACGAGGUGUCACCCCAGCAAAGGCUACAGGAACACAGGUGCAAACAAGAUGAAGAAAAUGUAAUUUCAUAAUAAUAUUAAGAAAAAAAGCCCGAAACUGCGGAUGUUGGUUCUUGUGAGGCUCUGGGACAUUUGAAAGUGAUUUGGAGAGAGCAAAGUCUGUGUGCGAUGGACACCGAGCUGAAGCCAGCGUGCGUCGUGCAGCCCGCUCGCUGCCCGGGGAUGAAGCGCCCUCCUCCAGAGGACUUUCCUCCUCAGAUAAGACUGUCGGAAAAGAUCCCACCGGUGAAGCCUUGCUUCAAGAAGAAGCAGCAAGUGCAGAAGAGACUGGACACACAAACUCUGCGGGCUUUGCAACCAAUCUUUACCAGUUUGCUGGGAGCUGGGACCUUGGAUCGGGUCUUUGUGCCCCGAGGCCAAAGUGCUGGUCAUAGUGAUUUAUGUGAACCUGCUGUGAAAAAGACGCUGGACCUUGGUACUUCUUGCCCCCAACCAGAAAAUAACGUGACUGUGCUGAUGCCAGCAGCUCCGGAUGUGCAGAAUCAGUUGCCAGCAGCUCGUCCUCCUUCUGGGCACCCGGAGCAGGAUGGCCAGUCCGGAGAGCAGGGCUUCCCACCAGAAACUGCGCCUGGACCUGCUGCUGAGCACGGGAAUGAAUCAUUCCAGGAUCACCCUUUGCACCCCGCUGCUGGCAGUGGUGCGGCCUGUCCUUUGUUCCCAGACAAGAUUCUGGAAAAUUACACAUCUGGCCUAUUCCAAGAGAAUAGCUGUCCAAUGCAAUACAAUUUGAACCCAAGCAAUAAAUUCAGUGCUGGAAUAUUCCAGGAUAAAAGUGAAGAAGCUUCUCUUGAUCUGGUAUUUGAGCUCUUGAACCAGCUGCAAUAUCACACCCAUCAGGAAGACGGGAUCGAGAUCUGUGUGGAUUUUCUCCAGGGCACUUGUGUUUAUGGCAGCGAUUGUCCCAAACAUCACACCGUCUUGCCGUACCAUUGGCAGGUGAGGAGGACAGCAACCCAGAGUUGGCAAAGUGUCACCAAUGAUGCCCAGGAGCAUCUGGAGAGACUCUACUGCAACCCUGACAACGACAGGAUCAAAGUCAAGUAUCGGGGACAUGAGUUCUGGGUGGAUCUGAAUGCCAUGAAGUUGUACGAGACUGUGGAGUUCGACCAAAUGCGGCGCCUGUCCACGCCGUCCUGCCCCAGCUCCAGCUCCAGCUACUACACGGUCUGGAAAUACUUCUGCAGGGACCACUUUGGCUGGAGAGAAUAUUCUGAGCCUGUUGUGAGAUUGAUAGAAGAAGCCAGCUGCCGGGGGCUGAAGGAGGUGCGCUUUGUUACCUGGCACAACCAGUAUAUCCUGAACAUCAAAGACGGAUUUCAGCAAAACGCAUGUUUCAGAAGAGAGAUCAAGAGGAGGCCCCUUCUGCGCUCCUGCGUGGUGCUGAUGCCGUUUUUACAGACCUUGGGUGGGAAUCCCCCCGUGUCCUCCCCGCCAGCCGAAGCCGCGUCCUCGCAUGUCUUGUCCCCGACGGCCGUUACCUCGCCCAACUUCUACCCCGAAACCUGGAUCAGGAUGGAUCCGGCUCAGGACUUCAUCCAAGUGCCUGUUCUGAAGGAAGAUAAAAGCUACAGAACCAUUUAUAACCUGUUUCACAAGACUGUGCCCGAGACCAAAUACAAAAUUCUGAAGAUUCUGCGAGUGCAGAAUCAGUUUCUUUGGGAGAAAUACAAAAGGAAAAAGGAAUACAUGUCCAAAAAAAUGUCGGGGCUCGACAGGAUCAUGAACGAGCGGCAUUUGUUCCACGGCACCUCCCAGGACGUGGUGGACGGGAUCUGCAAGCACAACUUCGACCCGCGCGUGUGCGGGAAGCACGCCACCAUGUUCGGACAGGGCAGCUAUUUCGCCCGGAAAGCGAGUUAUUCCCAUAACUUCUCCAAGCGGUCGCCCAAGGGCGUUCAUUACAUGUUCCUGGCCAAGGUGCUGACGGGCCGCUACACCGUGGGCAACCACACCAUGAGGAGACCCCCGCCCGUCAACCCCGGCAGCAUCACCAGCGACCUCUACGACUCCUGCGUGGACAAUUACUUUGAGCCGCAGAUUUUUGUCAUUUUUAAUGACGAUCAGAGCUACCCUUAUUUUAUUAUCCAAUACGAAGAAGUUAGCAACACCGUCUCCAUUUGAAUACUUGUGCUGCUGAAUUGUUCCUCUUAAUAAACUCUCUUCUCUGGCAUUGGUAGCGGUUUUUGUGGAAAAAGAAAUGGACAUUGCAGAACUGAUUAAAUUUCUUGCUCGGAAGGAGGUAAAUCUCAAAAUCUAGAAGAUCUGAAGUGACCAAUUGUGCACUUGCUGUUUGAUUAUGUAUGUGCAAAUUGUAAAUAUUUUUCCAUUGUUUAUAGUUGAAAAUCUGUGCCUUUUGUUAUAAAACACUGUUUAUUUAUGUUAGUAAAUAUUCAUGUCUAAAA